CAAUGCUGCAAGAUUGCAGUUCCGUCUCCUGCGCAGAGGAUAGCAGCGUUCUCGCUGCUGCCUGGAUAAACCCGUUGAUCUCUGUCACACCCAUACAUCCAGGUGCUAGCAGCAGAAAGAAAGUAAAUAUUCUUACCCUACACAAUGCGGUCUAUCUCAGGUUUAGUGUUCCUGGUUGCCGCGGCUACUUUCUACCUUUACCUCCUCUCGACCAACCUUCCCCCUGGGCCGAAGCGACAGCUCCCACAGGAUGAGCUCGAAAAGUCAGGCGAAGACUUGGACCCUGACACGGGAUCGGAGGAAGGCAGGACUCUGACGUUCCCCUCUGACCUGGAGGAGCUGCAGGAGCUGGCUGAGUUGCUAAAGUUCUACAAGACGGAGCACACUGGCUACGUGCUGCUGCUCUUCUGCAGCGCAUACCUAUACAAACAGUCCUUCGCCAUCCCUGGCUCUUCCUUCCUGAACGUGCUUGCAGGGGCCUUAUUCGGACCCUGGCAGGGCCUCUUCCUCGCCUGUGUCUUGACCACGGUGGGCUCGACCUACUGCUACCUGCUCUCCAGAACCUUUGGCAAGCAGCACAUCGUGAGGCUGUUCCCUGACAAAGUCUCGCUGCUGCAAAGGAAGAUGGAGGAGAACCGGAGCAGUUUAUUUUUCUUCCUGUUGUUCCUGAGGUUCUUCCCCAUGACUCCAAACUGGUUCCUGAACAUCACGGCUCCCAUUCUCAAUAUCCCCAUCUCCAUUUUCUUCUUCUCCAUCCUCAUUGGUCUGACCCCAUACAACUUCAUCUGCGUGCGCACCGGCGUCAUUCUCUCUGAGAUCUCGUCUCUGGAUGACCUAUUCUCCUGGAGCACCCUGCUGCAGCUCCUGGCCAUUGCUCUGGUGGCUCUCGUCCCCGGGGCUCUGAUCAAGCACUACAGCCAGGGGGUGCUGAAGCUGGACGAGCUCGACAAGAACAGACACCAACUCGACAAGAACGGGCACCAACUUGACAAGAAGCUCAGAUGAGCUCCAGCGAACUUUAAGAUCUUAAGUGUUUUAUUUUUGUCUUAAUGAAUUUUAUAGCAAGCAUGUGUUGGUUUUUAAACUGGUUAGGAUUGUGUGGCUGUGUAGAUUCAGGACUGAUUUGCUUGCUGUUUGGGGAGUUUUUGAUAGGCUCAAUUCCUCACACAUGGGUUUGUUGUGUGACCUGAAAAUAGGAUUAAAUAGCCUUGGAAACUCCCCCCGUCUGUCUUGGAUACAUUGGUGAGGGGAUUAUGUGUGUGUGUGUGUGUGUGUCCAUAGGUGAGGAUAUAUUUAUGUGGCUGCCUGCUGCUAGACCAUCACGUUUGAGCACUUAAUUCA